AUGAGCAAGAACGCACAGGCCAUUCAAUCCAACUUUGAGCGCAUGCAACAGGCCUGUGAUGUGGAUAGAAUCAAGCAAUCCUCCAGAAAGACACUGCAGCUGCGUGAUGAAAAGAACAACCAAAUACACAUCGACACCAAACGAAAAUACAUCUAUGUCAUUGCUGCUCUGGUCAAAUCACUAGCCGAUGUGCCUGAGCAGAUAUGGCAUGCGCUGGAGAACCAUCGCUACUUGCAUGCCAGUCGAUUGUAUAUACUGGCCAAGCAAGUGCACGCUUAUUUGGAGCAGGAAAAGGGGAGCUCCACCAUCGACAUUGAGGUCGCAUUUCCAGUGAUUCAACGACAGUGGGAUGCAGUGAGCGCAUUUGGGCCGCAAAUCAUACAGAGAGCAACACAUUACCUAAGAGUAUCAGAGCAAGCGACAGAGCAUAUUGCAGAGGUCAUUGUCGCGCUCAUGCUUUUGGAUGAUCAAACAUACGCAGAAUCCAUCAACAAGCUGCUCGAAAUGAGAUCCAAUGUCAUUCGAGACAUCUUGCAACAGUAUACCAAAACAACAGACAGUGCCAACCAUCGCAUUACACAUCAAUUGAGAGAGGUGUCCUUGAUCAUCAAACGCACACUCGUCCAAGUGUUUGACAUAUUCGUAUCCAAAGAAGGCGGCCAUCAGCAAACCCUGAUCGAGUCUUAUAUAGAGUCAUUUCUGAAGACAUUUCUGAUCCCCUCCAAAUCAAGCCAUGGCAAUGAGACACCCAGCCAACCUGCCAUCACACGCCUAUUCUCACCUAGCUCCAACGUACAUCUGAUUGUACGCUACCUGCCUGAAUCCAUACAAAACUACACGCCUUCUUUCGACCCCUCACCACACGUCUUACCAUCAGAUGUUCAGCAGCACAUCGCGGCUUGGAUGGAAGAGGUCAAAGCAAUCCUCAACGACCAGCUGCCCCACACACUGGCGCCCAUCCACAAUCAAGCUGAAUUGACCCAAGUCAGAUCCAAGCUAUGGGAGUUGCUGGACGAGGAUGAGAAUACAAGAGAUAAAACCAACAAAUGGCAAAUAACAGCAAAGCAUUUGCUAUCCGCUCGCUAUUCUCUGUGGACAUCUCUGUAUCGAAACGUGUUUAACGAUUGCUCCAAGAAGCUCAUUGAUACGGCUUUGGCUGAUUUGGCCAAACAACCUGCUCAGGUGGUAUGGCCUUUGAUCAUGGAUCCCAAGAAACAACGACCAAGAAGGGACUUCUCCUUGACCAUGAAGAUUUGGCCCAGCACAGCCAAACAUCAAGCAGCAUUUGCAUUGCCUAAUCUCUCAUCUUCGCAAGAAAUUGAGGGUUUCAAAGCCUCUCUCAAGGAAACAGCGAAUGAUAGAACAGAUAAGCUUGGAAAGUUACAGGCCUGUUUUGACACUGCCUUGCAUACUAUCAGAAAGGACGUGCAGCAGCACUUUAUUCAUACAGAUCAGGAGCAUUUUCAUGCCAAAGAUGAUAUGGGCAUGAUUAAAAGCUACUUUCAAGAUCAAUGUUACCAAGCCGUACUGAAGUAUGCAACAGAGUUAGCAUCCUUAGCCAAACAGAUGAAGGAUUGGACAGAUCAAAGAAUGGUGAAUGAAGUUUCCAUCUUCUUGGGCCGUCUUGCUCGCAACAUUGGACUAUUAUCAAAGGAGCUACCAAAAGCUAUUUCACUAUCAAUAGAUGACAACAAGCCUGUAUUCGAACUACGCAGCAGCAUUAACAAAGAUGCCAAGUACAUUAGCAUACAAAACACCUUGCUAGAUACAUACCAUGAAAUGCACACAUCCUGGAUUCAAUGGCUGGAGAAGGAAUUUGGUCAAAAGUUAAAGUCAAGCUUGGUCACAUCCAAGUGGAACGAUCAUUGUGCAGCGAUUGCUGUAUGGGAGACGGUGGAGGAAGACAUGAAACUGCCAACACAGGCAUCCAACAUGGCAGUGAGGACACUGUUUUAUGUCUGUGAAGAGAUUCAGCGCAUCAAUAGCUCCGUCGUGGAUCAAAGCAUCAUGACAAGACUAAGACAGCACCUAUCCAACACAUUCAACCAGGUCAUUCAAUCCUCGCUGCCUACAUUGGAACUGACAGAGAAUGGCACACUGCAACUCAUGUUUGAUUACCUGUUUUUGUGCACCGUGUUGCAACAAGACGUCAAGUACAAGAGCGACAUGAUGGACAUCAUGAAGCAACAGAUUGAUCCCAUCAAUUGGGAGAGCUAUCAACCUCACAUGAAGCCAUGUGUUGACCGAUUCUACAUCAAGCAAUCACUCCUAUUCGGCGUGCUUACCAGUGCAAGCAAUGAAACAUAUGAAAGGGCACGAAAAACAAUGUCGACCCAACAACAAGGGCAGUACAAUGUACUGCCAUUAGCACCUCAGGCAACUCGAUUUACAUUACUUCCCAUUGGUCAUGCAAGUUUCUCAUCACUGAAAGCUCGAUAA